CGGGUUGCCAGCAAAAUAUUUUGACAACCAAAGUAGCCGGCAGAGGCGCCUUUCCGUUUCCCUCCUCCAUCCAUCCAACCCCAAUUCCAACCACUUUUCCGUCCUUCGCACAGCAAGCAUCAUCGCAAUAUCCGCCAUGUUGCGCCAGCUUGCCUCGCGAAUUCCCGCCAGCUGCUCCCGGGCUGCCUCUGCGCCCGGGGCUCUGCUGGCCAAGCGAGCAUCAUCAGCCUCAUCCAGGGCAUUCACCCGCUCCAUGGCCACCGUGCACGUCGAAGGCAUCCCCAAGGACCCCGCCGAACUCGAUGCCAUCACAACCCUCCCCAACGGCCUGCGCGUCGCCUCCGAAGCCCUCCCCGGGUCCUUCUCCGGCGUAGGCGUCUACGUCGAGGCCGGCUCGCGCUUCGAGAACCAGUCGAUCCGCGGUGUCUCGCACAUCAUGGACCGUCUGGCAUUCAAGUCGACGGCGUCGCGGUCCGCCGACGAGAUGCUCGAGCAGGUCGAGGCGCUCGGCGGCAACAUCCAGUGCGCGAGCUCCCGCGAGUCCAUGAUGUACCAGGCGGCCACGUUCAACAAUGCCGUCCCGCAGACGGUCGAGCUGCUUGCCGAGACGAUCCGCGAGCCCAAGAUCACAGAGGACGAGGUCGCCGAGCAGAUCGAGACGGCGCGAUACGAGAUUGCCGAAAUCUGGAGCAAGCCCGAGCUCAUCCUCCCCGAGCUGGUACACACCGCGGCCUUCAAGGACAACACGCUGGGCAAUCCGCUCUUGUGUCCCGAGGACAGACUCGGCAGCAUUAACCGCGACACGGUGCUCACGUACCGCGACCUGUUUUACCGCCCGGACCGCACGGUGGUUGCCUUUGCGGGCGUCGAGCACGCAGAGGCUGUGCGUCUGGCGGAGCAGUUCUUUGGCGACAUGAAGGCGCCGUCGUGGCCUGCGUCUCGCCGUGGCUCAGAAACCAGCGCUGCGUCCAGCGACUCAGAAACAUCCUCCCUCUCCUCUUCCUCCUCGCGCCUCAUCACCAAAGUCCCCUUCUUCAAGAACCUGUCCACCUCUGCUCCCCACAACGCCGCCGUCCUCUCCACGCCGCCAUCCCUCGCGGAAACCCUCCAGCCCGCCGUCUACACCGGCGGCUUCCUGUCGCUGCCACCGCAGCCCCCGUCGCUCAACAAGACCAACUUUACGCACAUCCACCUUGCCUUUGAGGGCCUGCCCGUCGCCUCGGAGGACAUCUACGCGCUCGCCACGCUGCAGACACUGCUUGGCGGCGGCGGCUCCUUCUCAGCCGGCGGCCCCGGAAAGGGCAUGUACUCGCGCCUCUAUACAAACGUACUCAACCAGCACGGCUGGGUCGAGUCGUGCGUCGCAUUCAACCACUCCUACACCGACUCCGGCCUCUUCGGUAUCUCGGCGUCCUGCCUGCCGGGCCACACGUCCGCCAUGCUCGACGUCAUGUGCCAGGAACUGCGCGCGCUGACCCUCGAGACGGGCUUCUCUAGACUGCAGGAGGGCGAGGUCUCGCGCGCCAAGAACCAGCUGCGCUCGAGCUUGCUCAUGAACCUCGAGUCCCGUAUGGUCGAGCUCGAGGAUCUCGGCCGCAGCGUCCAGGUCCAUGGCCGCAAGAUCCCCGUGCGCGACAUGUGCCGCCGCAUCGAGGAGCUUACGGUGGCGGAUCUGCGCCGCGUAGCUAGCAUGGUUGUCGAUGGCGGUGUCAACAACAUUGGCGGCGGCAGCGGUGCGCCUACCAUUGUUCUCCAAGAGGCUCAGGCGUACGGCCUCACUAGCCAUACCAUGACUUGGGACCAGAUCCAGGAUCGCAUCGAUGGCUGGAAGCUCGGCAAGCGUGCAUAAAGAAGACAGCAGCUGAACUAGGUAAACUAACUGGGUGUAAUGAUGGGAAAUAUAGGAACUCGCCCCUUGGGCAUCGCCCGUGUAUCAAUAGACAUGUACAAUGCAUACAUACUUUACGAUUAUUCGAAAUAACAGAUCGACUAGUGCAUAAGACGCAGCAAGGUUCAUGUAUUGUGUGUGUGUGUGUAUUCAUGUAUGUAUAUCUACUCUAAUAAUCCAAAGAAACGCCAAAAACAAAAAGGCUUGUGCUUAUCCUGUAAUCGCAAUCCUAAAACAAGACAUCGUAGAAAUCAUGCCCCCUCGCCAACAUUAUAAUUUGGACCGCACCGCUUCCAGACGGUACUUGACGUCCUUGAGAGCCUUGUUAGUCGGCUUCCAGUCGUCAAACUGCCGUAGCAGCUCUUCAGUCUCACUGCUCAACUCAGUCUUGACAAAGUCCUCCUCUAGCAUACCACGCAUGGUCCACGGCAAGAAGUAUGGAUUCGCCGAGGCAAGAGGGAGAGCACCUGGUGCUACUGAGGUCGAUGGGGCGUGGUGGCGGAUCUCACAGGGGGUCGGUUGCGAGAUAUCCGUGGUUUCAAGCGUGUGUGUAAUGGCGAGGUCGUAGACAGCGCUGUCAAAGUACAGCCGCGAGUGGCCUUCGCCCGAGUAGAGAGAGCCAGCGAGGGCAACGGAGAGUUCGCGGAUCAGGCCAUGGUCUGAGACUCCAAGGUUGCGAAGCUUAAGGGCAAACCCAACCAGAUGGGCGAUAAAGUCUGGUGCGUGUACGCGUCCGUCAAUAAAGACGGCGCGGUAGAUGUACGGGUGUGAAGCGGGAGAAUAGACAGCAGACUAUGCAGUUGUUAGUAACAAAGUUGUAGACAGUGCGUCGUGAGUAACUUACCUCCAUGGGAACGACCUGGUCAUCAAUGCUUCCGAUAAAUGUGAUUCUAGCGCCGUAGUCAAGAACUCUUUUCAGUGACUUUUCAAAGCGCUGCGCAUUCGCACUUUGCGGGUUACCAAAGUCCCACAGCUCCGGCACCGAACCUAUAAGCAGGGACGACUUGUAGUCGGGAAACGGACCAAGAGAUACACCAGCCAUGGCGCAUACUCCAAUUUUGGCUUUGGUGAUGAUACCAAGAUCAAUCAGCUUUUCCAGCAGCAUGAUGCUGACGGGGACACCCUGUGAGUGGCAUGCCAUAAUGACAAGGUCAGCCUUGCGAAUAUGGUCAAUCCAGUUGAGCAGCAGAGUCCACAGGUUCUCAACUCUCUCAUUGAUACGCCCUUCUCCUUCCAGUGCCACUUUCUCAAUCUCGCAGCCCGAGCAUCCGUUAGCAUCCGCCCACUUACGGAUGGCAUCGGAGCACAAGCCCGCAAAACGUAGCGAUGUACCUGUGGGUUGACCAAUCAUUGGCCGCAAGUAAGCCGCAGGCAUUAGCCCAUGGACACCAAUAGCAAUGGCCUUCUUGAUCUUGGGCGUUUCUUGUGCUUUGAAUACAUGGUUGGAGGGCGGUUGCGAUGUGCGAAGCAGAAAGGCCGACAGUUGUUGUAGAAUGGAGGGGUUCUCCUUCAUACGGUAUGUACUAGUAAACGAGGGGAGCAGCAAGUUUGGCCGCGACGUAGACGCCUGCUCACUCUCAGCUGAAUUUUGGCCUUUCGGUGUUGAUGUUACCGUCGGCGUCUUGGCUACAUCUUUGGGUGUUGCCGGUGCUUUAGACUGUUCUUUGGUAGGCGUAGAGGUUCCAGAUCCUGGCUGUGAAUCGCCGAUAGAGGCAGGUCUGCUUCGCUUGUUCUUCUUCGACGUUGCUUGGGUGUCAUUUUGUUUCGCAGGCGUCUUAGAUUUCGAAGCAUCACCGGAAACUGAGUUUUCAGCCAUGGGCUCGGGGUGGCUCUCAGAGCCUUGUCCAAUGACAGCAAUUUCACCAGCUUCAUUCGGUGGUACAUCUCCUUGUGCUUUGGGGGCCUCUCUUGACCAAAAGGCCCAUGUAGAGCCCGCCUUCGGAGGAGGUAGGGGUUUCGUUUCUUCUGUAACUGCUUCUGCACCUGGUUCAGGAGCAUCCUUCAUUACCACAUCCUCCGCCUCAGGUGCAUUGCUAGACCCAUCUGGUUUCUGGUCCUUUUCUGAUGCUGAUUUCAUAUCUGCAGCACUAGAAGGUGUUCCUGGCCAGAAGCCGAACCACGAAGUAGGACGUGAUGUCGUACUCUCUGGGAUGGUGACUGGGUUCGAUGGCAACUCAGUGGUCGUCGCUGCAGCAGGCGUAGGUGCAACAGGUUCCGGUGGCUGAGUCGUUUCUUCUACAGGCUUCGAGGGCUCUUCAGCCUCGGUAGAUUUGCUUGUUGUCGGUGCCACCGUAGGGGUCUUGGAGAACCAGCCUGUCCAGCCUGACGCCUGAUUUGACGGCUGUGGUGUAGAUGGAGGUACUCCUUCUGCCUUUGGAGUUUCUGUCACUAGUGUCUGUGUACCAACACUUGGUUCAGCCGCUGCCUCUUCCAGUAUCUUUGGUUGUUCUGGUUCUGAUUCUGCGAGUAGCUUCGGUGGUUCGUCUACUAGUUUGUCCGGGGUCCCGUUCAGUGGUUGUAGAGACUGUGCUGCAAGGCUGCCAGCUGCACUUCGAACGCUAGCAGUCUCGGAAGCUUUCGAAUCAAAUCGGACAAUCUCAGCAGCUGGUGGGCGAAACGUAUCGCCAAGUAUAUUUUCACGAGCCAAUGACGUAGAUGCUGUAGCUUUAGCAGGGCGUUGCCAAGAGCCGUACCAACUCUGGGACUUUCGAAUCUGGCGCAUAAAUGUCAGCAUGCGGUAAGCGGAUAUAGUUCAGUCGACGAAUGGCCGUACCGAUGGUGAGUUCAGCGUGCUAGGAAGUGUUCUGAUGCUGCCGUUGGAGGGGGCUUUGAACGGCAUUUGUCGGUCGUUGGCUGCGAUUUGUCCCGAGGUACUCGUCGCGUCGGCUGCAGUGGAGCGUUCCUGUGAUUGUGCCGCUGAGGAUUCCGAUCGCAGCACCUGUGGAUUUGGCCGCUGUCGCUUGCGCGGAGCCAUCGUCUUUGCUGGCAGAUUAGAGCUCCAUGCGCGGGUGCAUGAGAGGGUGUUGCGGAAGAGAUGUUUGGAGGGGUGAAAACUGAGUUCGGGAAGAAAACGGUGACGUGCUGCUGGCUGUGCAAAGGUAAACUCAACGAGAACCUGGCCGGCUUUCCCAACAAUGACGGCCGGGCCAGCUGGCC